CGAGGUGAGACCAGCGGACAAAAGGAGAAUCGAGCUCGGUCCCUGGGCCCGAGGAUCGGGUGGGGGGGGCGAGUGGUGGGCGACCACAUCCUGGGCCCGAGGAUUGGGUCCGGGUCCGUCGCGGUGGUGUGGUGGGCACGCAGCGUCAGCUCGGGCGCGAGGUGGCCGUGAAAGAGAUCGAUAUGAAGCAGGUCGACAGCAAGGUCCGCGACGGCUUCGUCAAGGAGAACCACAUCUCCCACCCCGAUAUCGCCCGCCUCUGUCAGGCCAUCGAGACGGAAGACAAGGUAUUUAUUGUGUUGGACCACUGCGCCAGCGGCGACCUUGCAGCUGAUAUCCAGUGUCACAGGAUCCACGGGAGGGUUUCCGUGGGUGUCGCCAGGCACUUCAUGAGGCAGCUUGAUGGCUGAAGGAUUGAAAAUCCUCGGCGAAAUCAAUCUGAUUCACAGAGGUUUGACCGAUGAAUGCAGUCAUCCAAUUACCUACAAGAAGCCGAGUCUUUUUUCCAUUUCUUUUGUUAUCCAAGUUUGGAAGAACUUUUCAUUCUUUUUACUGCCUGCAUGAGCCUAUAUAAUCAGUAUAUAUGGUUGCACUUCAGCUGCUAUUCUUUUUAUAAAGAUUUGCCUCAUCCUUGGCUUUUGUACAUUUUAUUUUUUUGAUCUGAUUGUGAUGUUAGUUACUGUCUCAAUCUGUGUGGCACAAAUGUCUCCAAGCUGGUCCACUUUGUCUGUUCUUUUAUGACCCAUUUGGUAUGGAGAUCUCACACAGAUUUCCUAUAAAAUCCUGAGAUUUUAAAUACACCCUUAAGAUCUCACCAAAGACUUUCCACACUCAAGCUAUCAUAAUAACAGGAGCAGUGCCCAAUCCCACCUUCCAAGUUCUCCUCCAAUUCCAGUUUGAUAUAGGAAUUCGUUGGAAUUUAUGUCAAACAUGCCAAAAAUCAAUCUAAAUCUCACCCUUCAAUGAAAUCCUGGUAUUUUAACAUAUUAACUUUAAGAUCUCACCCAAGAUUUCUACCCUCAAUUUCUGAUUAUAAUGUACCAUUAUCCAAUCCCACCUUCCAACCCCUAGCACUCCAAUUGUAGUACCCCAUAUGGUAUAACUGUAUCCUGUUGCAGACUCAUUUGAAUUCAUUGAACAAGACUACGUUCCUGUUCAUGCUAAUUUCAUGUCUUUGGAGACUUGGUUGUCUUCUUUGAAGCCUUGUAUGAUAAUUCUACAACUAGGAUUCCAAAUUGCAAAGUGAGGAUGAUCAAAAAGGGUUGAGUCCAGUUAAAUCAAGGGACCUAGUUGUGAGUCCAGUCAAAAAGGGACCAGUUAAAUCAAUGGUGCAGAGAGUAUGGGCAGCCAUAUUCCAGCACUUUUGUCAAUAUCACAAGCUUAUCCAUCAGAUGAUUUGCAGGGGACAUCAUUAUUGCACCCUUCCUGUAGGAUUCAGCUUCUCACCCAAUAUAUUAGUGCUCUAACAGAAUUAGCUCAAGAAAAGGUAAGAAAGUUUUGAUUGGAACUUCAUCAGGCACUGCUUUUAAAAGUGCCUGGUAUCAUUAUUGAUGGAUCUUCAUAUGCUUGUGGUACUAUUUUAUUUUACGAAGUACUUCCAACAGGAGGUAUUAUGUGAGAUUAGGGGCAUAAACACAUGAUGUCAGACUAGGCACAUAUUUGUGAUUCCUUAUGGCAUAUCAGUCUUGAUGUGAAUAGUGACCAAGAUGCUGCAAAAGAACAAAAUUCUUUCAUUGCUUGUAGCUUUGUGCACUUUAGGUUUACCCAACUGAAAUUUAGUCAAUAUAAAAAGGUUGAGUUCGGUUGCCACUGGUCGACAAUAUGAGAAACUCAAACAAAAUAAUCUUGUGAUUCUUGCAUCCUCAAGGGGGCAGAACCUGAUACUCAUGGCUGAGAAAGGAUACUAUGUCGAAGAUUGAACACCCCAACAGUGCACCUCAUGUACAAUUUUCCUAGUGGUCAACAAGUGUCAAUUGCACAUUUGAAAAGGCUUCAUGUGGUUUGAUGUACAUGUCACCAUUCUUAUCUUGUAGUAGCUGUGUACAAAUUUAUUACUUACAAGAAUGAUGAAUUAUAAGAGCUACAGAAGUGACAGAAUAUUUAGCUUUGAAGCUGAUAAACAGGAUGAGUAACAAAAAGACAAAAAAUGAGACGCAAUGCUUCAAGAGACAUCAUGAAUUAUAAACCUCAAGAAAGAAGCUUGCAUGUGGCAAUGUUUGUGUUUGCUAUUUUCCUGCAGCUAGAAGUAAAAAACUCAAACACAUGAAAAAUGUUUGUAUCUGACAAGCAUGACAUGUAUCAAAUAGUGGGGCAAGUCAAUUUGUGUUUUAUAGUUAUUAGUGUGAAGGUAUGAGUUUUUAAUCCUUGUGUUGCAGUAAGACUUCAGUAGCAUUUAUAUCAUAAUCGAACAUGAAAAUUCAUCUUUCUUUGAAGUGACCCUUUUUCUAGGGUAUCAUGUGCAUGUGGCAGAAACUCUUCCCAUCCAAGCCUUCAUCGCUAACAAGUGAAUAGAGAUGGAUAACUGGAGUCUGAUUAACCAAUGGAUGCCCCCAGUGGUAUUUUGGUACAAGUUACUUUAAUGUCACAUAGCAUUCAAAGCGUAGAAGCUCACAUCACAAUACUUGACCUCAUGAUUUUGAUUCCAAAUUUGCAGGGGAAGAUCACUGUAUAUAUCAUGUCCAAGGCUCAAGCAUUCCAUUGGAAACUAUAAUCUCAUAUUACUGUAAAUAUGAGACAUUUUGUGAAAUAUUUUUUGUAGUUGCAGGUUUUGAAGUGUAUCCUUCUCCACUGUGAUGCAAAAUGAUCGACGGUGGUAAACUUCUUUAAUUUCUUCAGAUAUUUUUUGGAGUCUCACUUCAACAAUGUUAGCUAUGAUGAUUUCAUCUUCCAGGCUGGAACUCCAUGAUCAACUCGUGCAGGAAGCCCUCUCUCAUGAGAUGAACAGACAUUUUGCAUGAGAUGUAAAGCAAUAGAUUUGUAUUUUGGUUAUUGACGUUUGUGGUGUGGCAUCUGUUGGCCAUUGUAUACAGUGACAGAUUUGCACUAUGAUCGAUUUUUCAGGCAUUUAUGCCUCUUUUUUUAAUAAGU